AUGAUUUCUGUGCAUGAAGAAGAAAGGGCAGAUAAACUCGCAGCAUUGGCAAAGAAGAAGUUACAUAAGUUUCAAUCCAAAAAAGUUAAUCAAACGGAUGGUUUAGAGCAAGACAAUAUCAGACUAAAAGAGAGGCUCUUCAAUUCCGAGAACCAGAUUGAAUUGAUGCAACAUGAAAUACAAAGUCUAAGACAGAGAAACAAGGAGCUGAAGGGUUUGCUAACAAGAGACGAUGCUGAAAUAAGAUUUUUGGAUCAUCAAGCCUUGGAGGCGUAUGAACGAGAGGAAAGGACUAUAUACAAUGAGUUUAGACACAAGAUCAUUGAUCUCAAAGAACGAUAUAAAGGCGAUUCAGCAGAGUUAUGCAGUAGUUGUAUGGGCGAGUUGAUUGAGAUUUAA